CCAGCCGCGGGCCCAAGAGGCCCCGGCGCGCGCGCACGCGUGCGCGCGGCCGGCCCGCGCGGGCGCCGGCGCGGUCCUCCCCCGCUACUUCCCCCCCCCUCGCCUCCCGAUCUCUCCAGCUCAUCGCCCCACCCACCCCCCCGCGCCCGAUGGCCGAGCAGCCGUCCCCCGCGAAGCAGGCGCGGGAGAAGGCUGCAGCGGAGGCGGCCGCGCACUUCGAGGCACGGGCAGCUGAGGUCCGCGCCUACCUGGAUGCCAGCCUUGGCCAGCAGGUCCACGAAGGCUUGAAGGAGGUGGCCUCCCAGCGGCCCGCGGAGCCGAGGGCCGCGCUGGCCGGGCUCUUCCAGGGCAAGAAGAGCCUCGGGGAGAUCGCCAAGGAGACCCAAGAAGUGCACGGACGCCGCGCUGCGGUCGGCGGCCCCGCGGCAGUACAUGUACGCCACGGUGGCCACGGAGCUGGCCGGCUCCCUGGCCGACGUGUGCCGCGCGCGGCCGAGAGCGCCGGUCUCCGACCUCGGCGCCGCGCUGGCGAAUAAGUGAGCGCGCGUCCGGGGAGCGCGGCCCGCGCGCGGCCCUGCGCGCGGCCCGCCUCCUCGCCACCGGUCGUCGACGCCUGGGCGCCGCGCUGGCUAGGGUUAAGUCGGGCCUGGCCCUCUGCGGGA